UUCGAUCGGGAAGAAGCAAAGUAAAGAUUGUUGUUGAAUUUUUGCGGUUUUUCGUUGAGGUAGCGGGAAAUAACAAGAGCAAAAUGCUUCAAGAAGACAAUGGACGUGUCAAAGUGUAUGCCAGAAUUCGACCGACGGCAAGAUUCGCGCAGGACAUGAUCGAACUCCUGCCAGACGGAAAGUCGCUCAAUAUCCACUGUAAGAAGGAUUUGAGAAGAGGAUACAUCAACAAUCAAAUACUCGACUGGGGUUUCCAUUUAGAUCGCGUCUUGCACAACGCCAGUCAAAGCGAUGUUUACAAGGAAUGCGCUGCGGACAUCGUCUCGAAGGGCUUGAACGGUUACAAUGGGACAAUCUUGGCUUAUGGACAGACGGGUGCGGGCAAGACGUUCACGAUGACGGGGUCCACAGAGAAAUUCCAGCACCGUGGAAUUAUCCCGCGGGCAAUUCAGCAGGUUUACAGGGAGAUACGCGAAAGACCGGAGCACGCCGUGACUGUUCGGAUCUCUUAUUUAGAAAUCUACAAUGAGCACAUGUUCGAUUUGCUCUGUACAUUACCUGGCACAGUGUCAAAUCCUUCCCUGAUGGCAGUCACUGAAGACGAUGAUGGAUUUACGAGAGUUAAGGGGCUUAGUGUCCACCAGGCUAACAGCGAGGAAGAAGCUCUGAACCUACUUUUUGAGGGAGAAACAAACCGUAUCAUCGCUCAACACGCACUGAACAAACGCUCUUCUCGCUCGCACUGUGUCUUCACCAUCUACAUCGAAUCUCACUCGCGCGUCGAGUCCAACACGAAGUACGUCACUUCCAAGCUGAACUUCGUGGACUUGGCUGGCUCCGAGAGACUCGGAAAAACGCUGUCUGUCGGCGAAACGCAAGUGGAAGCCAUGUACAUCAACAAGUCGCUGACAUUUUUAGAACAAGCUGUGAUAGCACUGUCUGAUAGACGAAGAGAUCACGUGCCAUUUCGACAGAGCAAACUGACACACGUGCUGAAGGAUUCAAUUGGUGGGAAGUGUAAUACACUGUUGAUAGCGAAUAUAUGGGGAGAAGCCGAGCACAUCGAGGAAACGCUCUCGACCAUGCGCUUUGGCAGCCGAAUGAUGAACGUGCCAUCCGAACCAGCCGUGACAGAACACUUCGACACACUAAGGCUUUGCAAGCAACACGAAAAGGAAAUCCGCACUCUGCGUCAGGAACUCGCCAUGCACGAUACACUGACGAAUCGCAGCCAAAUCUCGUACGAGCCGCUGUCGGAGUCGCAAAUUCAAGAUGUCCGUGAGCAGGUGAAGCGAUUCUUGUCGGGCGAACUGAACGACAUCGAGCUCGUCAAUGUUCGGCAAAUCAAGGAGACGUUCGCGCAGUUCCGAGUGAUCGUGAACUCAAUGGAGUCAGAGGUGGAGGAAAAGCUGCGAGAGAAAUAUGUGUUGCACGAAAGAGAUGGAGUGACUUCUGCCUCAGGUGGUAAAGUAGGCACUGUCCAAGGUGAAGAGAGUGGGUUGGUUGGCGAAGUGGACGGUCAAGGGUUCGGGGUAGGAGUUGCUCCCCCCGGCGUCAAACCAAACGUGUCCACCCUGGUGAACACAAGAAAGGUGAAAAGCCGUGGAAAGGGGAAAGAGAGGGACAGUGCUAAGUCGCCCGCCCGGGGUAGUGCCGGGCAAACUGAUGGGCAAGCCGGUAGUGAUGGACAAGAUCGGCUCCAGUCUCCCUCGGCUCAGUCUCCCACGCAGCGUGUCGCCACGCCUCCACCCAAGAGCGAGGCUUUUGAGGAAUUCAAACAGGAACGAGGAAGUGAGAUCAAUAGGAUUCUUAAUCAAAAUAAAGAAAUUCUACGCGAGAAAAAGAAGAAAGCCAAAGAGCUUUCCUCGUCGGUAAACAGUCUCAUGGAAGAAAUCAACGACUCUGGAGCAAUGCUGGAAACUCGUAAACAAGAGAGGCUCGAACAGGGUGAAUUCCGAACAGACGACGGACAAGUCGUGAUUGACGAAGAUGAGUACGAACUCCUCCGUAAAGUAAAAGAUCUGAAGUCGCGCUACCGACGCGAUUACGAGGACCUUCUGAAUACCAAAUCUGAAGUCAUGUACUGCGAAAAACUUGUAAAUCAAUGUAGGAAUCGCUUGGUGACCGAGUUUGAGAACUGGUAUUCGGAGUCGUUCCUCGGAGCCGACGAUGAGCCGAAGGUUGGCCGAGAGGGUCAGGUCCCCGAAGACGAACAGGAGAAGUUUGAUCGGCUUCAGCUUGAGUUGUUAAUGGAGCACCCCGAUUCUGUACCUUACUACAAUGCCAAGAUGCAAACUGAACGACGAAUGCACCUGACGGCCAGCGGUGGACAAAAAAAGAGAAAGCCUGGGACUCUGAUAGCCACAGUGCGGAACAAACCCCCAACAACGCUGACGGUCACAUGAGAAACCGCCGGGCUAAAUUAUGAUAACACUAACGGACUUUUAAAAACUAUGCUUUAUUUUACUUUCACUUGUUUUGCGUUUUGCUAAUUUGUUAAAAGAUAAUGAACAAAGCUAGCACGACCAUAAUUAUAGUUGUAAAAAAUGACAAGACGCAAUUUCUAAGUCCAUUAUUGUAUAUAGAUUAUUCAGGAAAGAUCAGUUACUUUGACUAAAAGUUGCUUUGCAUGUACAAGUAUUUUGAAUAAAUUGGCAUCGCAGAAAGAAUAUUUUAAUAAUGAAUGAUCCAAUUAGUAAAUAGUCUCUCCGUGCAGUAAACUCAGGCACGUAUGGAAGAAGCAAUUUUUUUUUUCAGGCAAAUAACGAGUUGUACAAUCUUUCCUGGUGGAUAGAUAAGAUUUUUCCUCUCUGUUGUUCACACAAUCGAGAGCUUACAGUAGAGGUAGUGCGUUAUGUUUAGGCAUGUGCAACCAAUUCUGGAACGAGUGUCAUUCAGAUAAUGUACAUUUACCGUAAAAUAACUCUGUAAAUAAUAGAAGACGCAAUCAACAGGUUUUGUCUAUUUGUUUGUUUGGUCAUUGUUUUCUAAAUCUUCAAACUAAUAAAAAAUUAUUUCGA